UCUUUUUUUUUCACAACUGAGGUAAUAAUUCCGGAGAGAAAAUUCGCAAAUUAUUGUUUAAUUUCAUCAAGUUCACACUUCCAAGUGUUUUAAUUUAAUGCAAUAAAGUUUAUUUUCAUUAAUGAAAAUAAAAUUCACACAAUUUAUUGAUUAUUUUUAAGUGAAAUAAAGAAAACAAAAGUGAUGGACAGUCAGGCUCCAAUUGAAGGUUACUUGUUGGAUAUUGUUGACAAUAAGUGGCGUGAAGAAACUUUACCAUUCGAUCAGAUUUUAGUUCCAACUGAUAAAUUACCCGAUCCAGAAGCUGAUGGUACUGAUUCACAUUUAACAUUGAGUGAACAAGAACAAAGAUGGACUGAUCUUGCACUAAGCACAUUGGCUCCAGAAUCUGGAUUUAGUGAUCAAAUAAAUUUAACUGGUGUCUAAACAACUUUUUUUUUGCCUUUCUAAAUAUUUUCUUCUAUAAUAAAUAAAACAAAACAAAAAAAAAAAAAAACAAAA